AUGAGUGAAAGGUUGCCUGAUGUGUUUGCGCAAGUGUUGGUGAAGUACUCUGAAGUUUCAGACUACAGUGGGUCUUAUGCCGAGCCAAAAUUCAAGGAUCUGCUCAGUGCUGCUUGUCAACUCUGUGAAAAAGCAAUGGAGAUGGUAAAUGAACUUCGUUUGUUCGGCAAGAAUGAAAGCCUAGACGAUUUAAGCUCGACCGAAAUAAGAUACUUAUGUCUUCCAGCAUUUCUUGGGUAUUUCAACUCUCAGAAAAAUGAAGACCGAUUAUCUGUUAUUCGCUUGGCUUUGUCCCUGUACAAGGACUUUUUCAAACUCUGCACAGAUUAUGGUAUACCACUUCCAGAAGGAGUAUCUUCAGAAAAAAACAAUCAAAGUUCCAAUCAUUUGUCAAUGUCAGAUCUUGCGCACAAUCGUGAAGUCAAAAUCAAACGUUACAAAUCAAAGAAAGCACUAGAAGAACGCUUGGAAAAACUUGCCGCGUAUGUGGAUCAGCCUCAUGUUGAUGAAGAAACCAAGCGUGAGUUUAAUUUAACUCUUGUUCAAAGGUGGCUUUGUGUUGCGCAAGAUGAUAUAAUCAGUCUACAAAAUGAAUUGGAUAUUCUAUCGAAAGGGAAUUCCGCAGACAAAAACGAUAUAGAUGUGGUCAAAUCAGAACCUUUACGACCAUUUAUCUUAACUCGAACAGCUGUACAAGCUGCUGUUUUUGGUGCUGGCUAUCCAAGCCUUCCAACAAUGACUAUUGAGCAGUUUUAUGAUCAACAGGUUGCAGCUGGUUUAUUGCCUCCACCAAAACCGAUUACUGUUCAAACUGGUUCAGGGCCGAAUUUCCGACGAAUCGAUCCAUCCGCAGAGGAACGUGAAGCUGAGGAAAAGAAAAAAGCUAAUCAAGAUGCAUUAGAAGAUGCUGAUGAUCCAGAUAUGUUAGCUAAAGCUCGAUCAUUUGAUAAUUUCAAAGAUGAACAUCGUAGAGGCGUAUUAACAAUUUCAAAAAUAAAAAUGUCGAAAAAAUCUAAAAUUCAAUUUAUUCAGAAUGAAGAACCCUCGUUUAUACGACAAUUUAAAGAACGUGCAGGUAUUCCGACAGCUCCAACUAUCGAUUCAAAACGUAUUAAUGAUCAUCAUCAUCAUCAUAAUGAUGAUGAUGAUACUGAUGAUCGGCCAGAUGAACAACCACAACUAGUGUAUGAUCCAUGUUCAAAUGUUCAUGAAUUAGAAGCAAGAGCAUUUAUAAAACAAUGGCAAUAUGAACAUAAACUUGGUCAUAUCGAUGAAACACCAAUGAAUAAUGAUAUGCAAAAUAAUGAAUCAAGUAAACAUUUUAUCUAAUUUUUGUUCAUUCACAGUACUUUCCUAAAAUUUGCCCUUUUUUUUCCUCCUUUUGUAGGUGUUCUACCAAGUCGAAUUAUGUUUCGAUCUGCUGAAGAACGUUGUGCUGAUGAUAAAAUCCCAGUGAAAAAACGGUUAGACAGUGAAAUUCUUCCAAUAAAUCGACCAUUACUAUUGCCACCACCGCAAAAACAGAAAAAAAAUUUUACACGUGAUCGUUCACCGAUUGAUUCGAAACGAAAAGGCACAAAAUGUUCAUUGUUAUCAUUUGAUCUAGAUGAAGAUGAAGGAUGAUAGAUUGUUAGUAGUAUUAUUAUCAUCAAUAUUAGUAGUAUAUAAUGCUAGUAACAUUUGACGCUGUUCAUAUCAUUGUAAUAUAUAUUCAAGGUAAAACAUUGUUUGUUUGUUUUUUUUCGUUAUCAUUUAAUGUGUAUAUGUUGAUUAAUGAUUAAUGAAAUACAUUCACUAUUCAAAU